AUGGUGCUCACGCUCGCUGAGAAGACGACUAGCACACUCCAAAAUCAGCUCAAGGUGGAGAAGAUGAUCCUUCGCGUCAAAGAGCCAGCUGCGAGUGACGCAAGCGGCAAAGCAUCAGCUGUGUGCAGCUCAUGUGAUUUUGUGCACACGGCGAGCGAUGCGAAAGUGCUAGGCGAUGUGAAUGGAUCCACGACAGCGGCGCGAAUCGACAUCGAUAAGGCUCUGACGCUGACGGAGUUCUAA